AUGUCUUCCCAUACGGGCCUGAUCCGCAGAAACGCGGUAUACCUGACCACCAUCUUUGCCGGUGCCUUCGCUUUCGAGAUGGCCUUUGACACUACUUCCAACAAGAUCUGGGAUACUAUGAACCGCGGUCGGCAAUGGAAGGACAUCAAGCACCGUUACAUGAACAAGGAGGAGGAAGAAGAAGACUAG